AUGUCUUACGAAGGUCGAGGCGAGCAGCCUGAAUUCGGCAUUCCCCCUCGCGGCGGUCAUGUUCCCUUCGACGAUGACGAUGACGACUUCACUGGUGCCGCCGAGCACGCCAAGCGCAACGCAGGCGGCGACGGGGACAUCUUCUCCUCUGUGAUCGGGAGCUUCCUGGGCAAGAAGAACCAGCUGGCCAACGAGCCCGUCGACGAGGAGGCCGCCGUGAACCACCACAAGAAGCUCUACGGAGGCGAAGACGACGGCAGCGAGCACGACUCGUCGAGCAUGGGCAACGCCGCGGCGCUGCAGGCGCUCAAGAUGUUCUCGGGCGGCGGUGGCUCGUCGGGCGGCAGCUCCAAGAGCGAGUUCAUUGGCCUGGCCAUGAGCGAGGCCAGCAAGCUGUUCGAGCAGCAGAGCGCCGCCGGCAAGGUCAGCUCCGACAGCUCCAAGGAGUCGGCCGUGCAGCAGGCCGGCGAGAUGGCCCUCAAGAUGUACCUCAAGAGCAAGGGGGGCGGCGAGAGCGGCGGUGGCAGCAGUGGCCUGUUGAGCCUGGCGAGCAAGUUCAUGUAG